AAACAAAAAAGGUGUCGACGACCCAAAAUAGAACUAGACUUUUUAUACACAAAUUUAUUGAUUCAGCUCAUCAGUAUUCAUGUGCACCGCGUGUUUUAAAUCACUCGAGUUGACGCGCCGAAAGUUUUUUUUCUCGCAAACUUGCAACGACCAGAAAAUUGCGUUUAUUCGCAAAAUAAUUCACUCAAGCCCGCCAAAAUUCCCUUUUUCCAGUCUGAUUGCAAAAUAUUCUGAUUGAAAUGAUAUUUGGUAUGUAAAAAAGUAUUUGAAUGUGAAUUGAAAUGGACGCUUGAAGAGUGAAGAGGAUGAAGAUAGAAAAAACUGUGUGAUUUUGAGUGAUAUUCGCAGCAAUGUGCGUCACGAUGCUCCACUCCAAACAAACAAGAAAGUGUAGUGUGGUGAUCGUCUGGGCGUCGUUUGUGUGUUCGCAAUGGGGUGUUUCGGCAGCAAAGAGAAACUCUCCAAAGAAGACAUGGAGUUCCUCAAGACCCACACUCGCUACGACGAGGCCACAAUCAAAGAAUGGUACAAAGGCUUCAAGCAAGACUGUCCAAACGGACAGCUGACGCCGGCCAAAUUCGUGGAUAUGUACAAGAUGUUCUUCCCAAGCGGAAACGCCGAGGAAUUCUGCGACCACGUUUUCCGCACGUUCGACAUGGACAAGAACGGCUACAUCGACUUUAAGGAAUUCUUAUUAGCCAUCGAUGUAACCUCGUCUGGAACUCCUGAAGAAAAACUCAAGUGGGCAUUCCGAAUGUACGACGUGGACGGCAACGGCGUCAUAGACAUCCAGGAAAUGACUAAAAUAGUACAGGCGAUAUACGACAUGUUGGGCGCAUGUUCUUCCAAUCGGCCGGCCGACUCUGCAGAGGACCGAGCCAAGAACAUUUUUGCCAAGAUGGACGAAAACAACGACGGACAACUAACGCAGGACGAGUUCCUCAAGGGUUGUCUGCAAGAUGAGGAGCUUUCCAAAAUGCUGGCGCCUUAAGUGGUGACCACGCGGACCUGUGUCAAUUGUUGGCUAGCUCUUGGUGCCCACAAGUCGGCGACCUUCAGUCGCUGUAUUUGAAAAAAAGUCGACUGCUGCCGGCUAAUAAUUCUCAAAACAGAAAAAACAAAACACACUAACACACAUAAACACAGACAGACAAAACACACACACACACUCAGACAUUUAUAAGCUAUAAGUAUAGGAAUAAUAUCUUAAGAUAAAACCAGAAGGGCAUGCAUCAAAAAGAGCAACUCUGGCAAAGAGUUUCUAGUCAAUCACAAGAUGUAAUUAAAUUAUGAUUGCUCCUCUUUUUUCGUUGGUGGAAAAAAAUGUUAUGGUGGAUUUUAUCGAAUUUCGGUGCUGCAUUUUUUUUUU